UUCAUGUAGUGUGAUGGACGCGGACAAACCAGCCGAGACAAGUGAUUGAGGCAGCGCAGAGAAUUCCGAGCAGAAAGAUAACGUAUCCAUUGUUCUCUGUGUUGAAUUUUCAGUGUCAUCAAAGUUUUGAAUUCUGUUUUAUGUUUUAUAUCUGAUCUAAAUGGUUAUAAUAAAUGGUGUCUCCAGGCUGUGCAGUCAUCUGCAGUGAGACACAGGGCUUGAAGGGGUUAGUGAUGAGCUAACUCCAUUGUUUGUUGAUCGAUCUCUCAGAUGGAGAUUGAUAAAGGUCUGGCCCUUCCGGCCAACUGAAGGGUAGGCAGACACAGGUGUCAUUAGGGUUUGGGAAAGGAACUGUUUAGGGGUUAAAAUUUAAGGUUUAAGUUUUGGUUUAUGGCUCAGGGUUAGGAUUUAGGGUUUAGAUUUCAUUGCAUUCUCAAAAGUAGUUGCUAUUCUCCCUAAUCCCCUAAAGCAGCUGCUCUCCAUCUCGGUAGACAUAUCUCUCUGUGAGGAACUCAGUGGGAGGAGAAGGUCGACAGAGGUUCUGUGUUUGUAGCUGUCUGUCCUCUGAUGCCACGGUCAAACCCAAACUGCAUCAGUAUCACCGAUCACACCGCCAAAUUGAAAGGUCAAUCCAUUUGAUGGUUAGAUAUGAUGUGCUGUGUCGUUUGAAACUUCUCCACCACAGAGGAGCAUUUCCUCUGUUCCAACUGGUUCGGUGAGACGCAAUUAAAAGUGCGGCACCUUCUAUUGGCACGUUAAAAAGUUGGACGAUCUAUCUCCACGUCUUUUAUGAGUAUAACUGCAGUAUAAAAUAAAUAAAUAAAGAACAAGUCGAACUUGGGAGGUCAGAGCUCUGAAACAUAACUUCUGCUUUAUCGCUGCAGCAGAAUCAGCAGAACAGAAUAAAGGGCUAGCCACACCCGUUAGAAACCAGUCGUGCUGUUUUCUCAUUGUCUCUCUCAGUCGUUAUGUGGGUUGAACAUGGAGUCAGGGGCUCCCACCUCAGCACAGUACAGUUCUGCUGCUGUUUUCUGAUUCGUCUUUUAAUCGUUAUUUGGGCUGCAUAUCAACGACAGUUUCCUGACAAAGUAAACACACCUUGUUCUCCUUAGCAGAAGAAGGGGAUUGAUUAUGGACGGGUGGGCUGUCGACUCUGAGCCUCGCUCUACAUUGAGGGGAUGAAGUUGCACAGAAAGGCAGAUGGACGAAUAUGUGCAAACGUUAUAUGGACUGCAUGUAUAGAGUGCUUUUCUAACCAGUGGCCACUCAAAGCUCUUAAAAUAUAUCGCCUAGCAUUCAGCCACUCAUGCAGACAUCCACACACCGACGGCAGUGUCUCCACUACCUGGGCCACAUGCCGCCCUGUGGAACAGUACCAUGCGCGUCUUUUCAUGGUAACAAUGGUACGUUUGGGAAUCGAAACACAGGACUUAAGAAGGCGUCUUCCCUUUGAGGCGUGUUCUCCAAAAAUGAAACAAUAAUAAAGUGAAACUAGUUCAAAAUAGAUGUAUGGUGAGAAAACACUGCUUUAGUUUAACAAGAUUCCUAUUAGGGGGCCCACACCAGGAUGAAGUAACUGAGGGGGCUGUUGAAUUGUUUUUCAUCAUUGACUGAACCAGGCUCAGAGAGGCUGAAUAACAAGGCUAGGGUUUAACAAGGCUAGGGUUUAAAAUGCAAAGAAUAGUUGCAUUAAUCAGAUGGCACUAAUAAUAACCAAACAUUAGAAAUAAAUAAUAAAAUAAUGAAAUAAAUUACUCAAUAGGUUUUGAGUUUCUGAACUAUUUUCUGUGUGGGUGUCAGCAGGGGUGGCCAGGUCAGACGACUGAUGGCGGAGCAUGUAAACGCUCUGGAAAGGCAGGAUUUGCACCAACACCGACUCAAACUUCCCACAGGUCAUGUCUAUUAGGCCUUUUAUAAUUAACGCAAAACCAUCACACAAUGUAUCGAUACACUAGAACAGGUUGAGCAAUGUAUACAGCCUUUCACACAUUCUACAAGUGAUCUCGGCCAAUGAUGUUUUUGUUGUUGCUAUUUUGAUCGGGACGCAUAAAGCUUAACCAUGGGGCUGAAGACUAAAACUGAGCAGACUAAGCCCUCUUUAGACCCCCGCUGUGUUGGGCCGGUUCCCAUCGCCUAAGAGAGGCAGAGAGCUCCAACCCCAUGCAGACGCCUGGAAGAUAAGGGCCUAUAUAUAGAGUCCAAAUCAUUGAUUUCCUCUAUCUUUUGUGUAAGAAGAAAACAAAUACAGGAAGUUAACCCAACUACAGUCAGCCUUUGGUGUGCUUGUGGGCAGCAGCAGCAGAUGCGUCCUCGCCUAGUGUUCAAGCAUGACCUGUUCUUCUGCUCUCCGCUAUCUGCUCCUCUGCCUCCUUACCGGUGUUAACGUGUGCGGAGGCGACCCUGAUGUGGUGGUGGUGGGUCUCGCCGGCCACAGCGUCACCCUGCCCUGCGUCUAUGACACCCAGUACACCGGCAGCCCCGUGCACACGUGUUGGAUCCGCGACAGGGUGCCCAACAACAGGUGCUCCUACGCCCUCCUCUGCAGGUAUCCAGGCAGGGGACCCCCCAGGCAGGGGACCCCCCAGGCCGGGGGGCGGCUCCAGCUGCCGGGCCGCGCCUGCGACGGGGACGUGUCCCUGACCAUCCAGGACCUGCAGAGCAGCGACUCGGGGCUGUACGUCUGCAGGGUGAGGGUCCCGGGCCGGUUCAACGUCCUGAAGGUCCGGGUUCAGCUGGAGGUGAAGGAGGAAGCCAGUGAUCACCGAGGGACCACAACAAACCAGGAAGAGGUCCAAGUCUCCACUUCUAUCGGAAACAUCGUCAGAAUGACAGCAUUGGGUUUCACCAACAUCGUUGUCAUCCUACUUCUCCUUUUUAAGUAAGUGUGAAACGUAUUGUUGGCACACCUGCCCAGCCACAAAAUGUAUGAUAAUGUACAAAUGCUGGAGGGACAAAUGAGAAGUGUGAAUGACAUACUGUCGUAGUCACAUUACAUUAACAGGAGGCUGAGUUCUGACACCCAACUCCUAUCUGUAAAUCAAAACAUUAUGCAGAGGAAAUCACGAUUUAAAAAACGAGUCAAAUGCCUACAAACUUGUAAAUCUGGGUUUAAAAGCCCUAGUAUGUGUGUACUUGUGUUUGUGUGCAGUCAUGUGUGUGUGUGUGUGUGUGUGUGUGUGUGUGUGUGUGUGUGUGUGUGUGUGUGUGUGUGUGUAAGUGUGUGUGUGUGCAGGCAUGUGUGACUGAAAUUAAAGGAAUAACACCCUUUUAAUAGAAAUUA